AUGGCGGAAGACAACGUGAGCAAGGAGGCAGAGGUGAGGAGGCACUUAGCUGAGAUGGCGGAGGCAGCAGAGCUGCACGGAAGGCUGGGCGUGGCGGAACUCCCACAGACGGACGAGACUUGCGCGCGCGGCUCUGACUUGCGCAGUUCGCAGGCGCACGAUACAGAGGCGGUGGACACUGUAGAAUCGCGCGAUGCUGACGCGCGCUGCUUAGAAGCACAGGACGCAGAAGUGAGCGAUGUGGAAAUGAACGCGAUGGAGGGAACUGACGUGGUAGCUGGGGACGAGCGGCGAGACGAGCAGCGAGACGAGCAGCGAGACGAGCAGCGAGACGAGCAGCGAGCGUGCGACGAGAACGACACCGACGGAACGAUCAGCCGUCGCACUCGCGCGCGGGUGUCGCUGGCGCAGACCCCAAUAGAAGAACUGGAGGUGAUGCUGGCGCGCGUGGCGCGAGACGCGGAGGAGGAUGAGGAGGAAGAGGAGUUUUUGUUUCAUGCGGAGGAGGAAGAGGAGGAGUACGAGCGGUUCCUGUCCGCCGUGCUGUUCCCCGACUCGCCUUGCGGUAGUGACCACGAGGGGGAGGAGGGGGAGGGUGAAGGGGAGGGGGAAGGGGAGGGGGGGGAAGGGGAGGAUGGGGCGGGGGAAGGGGAGGAUGGGGCGGGGGAAGGGGAGGAGGGGGAAGAGAGGGGGCUGGAGGGAAGAAGGGAGAGUGGAGAGGAGGGGGAAGGGGAUGAGGUGAGGUCUGGAGGAGAAGCAGGGGAUAGCAUUGGAAGGGGGCAGGGGACAGAGGAAGCUGUCGAUGGAGGAGAAGAGGAGAUCGGGGAGAAGGAAAACGGGGAGGAAGAGGAAGAGGAAGCGGGGGAGGGGGAGGGGGAUGACGAGGGGGGGGACAAAGAGGAGGUGGAGGAUGAAGAGGACGAGGAGGAUAUGGACUUCAAUAUCGACGAUCUGCUUUUAUUGGAGGGCGAUGAUCUGCUAAUGGACGGUGAGGAUGAACUGCUGGAUCUACAGGACUUUGUUGUGGAUGAGGAUGAUCUGGACGGAGGGCUUUUAGCGGGGCUGGAGGAUGAGCGUAUAGCGGAGAUGCAGGCUCAGGCGGAGGCAGAGGCAGCUGCUGAGGCAGCCGUGAGGGGUGAGGAGGAGGACGAGGAGGAGGGGGAAGGGGAGGGGGGGUGUGAGGCAGAGGGCAGGGGGAGGGGCAAGAGGCGCAAGUGCAUCCCUGGGGAGGGGCAGGGGGGGUAUUGGGGGCCGAGGGGGGGAGAGAUGGGGGGCUUGGAGGAGGGCGAGGAGGGGAAGGGAGGGAAGGGAUGGGAGAGAGAGGAGGGGCGGGAGGGAGAGGGGGGAGGGGAGGGGGCGCAUGAAGCCGCGGCAGGUGGGCAUGGGGCCGAGACUCCUCGGGCCCGCCAGCAGUCCCCUGCUGCCCCCGCUGUCCCCGAGGGUAACGCGCACGAGCCAGCCAAUGAGCGGGAACGGGGAGGGGCAGGAGAGAUGCGCAGCGAGGGGGUGGGGGUGGGAGGGGGAGCGGGUGUGGAGGUGGGGGUGCGGAGGUCAAAGCGGACCACUGCAGGGGUGUCUAGGAGGAGAGGCAAGGGGAGGGAGGCGGUGAGGAAGGACAGGAAGGGAGAGGUGGAGGGGGAAGGGGAGGGGGAAGCGGGAGGCUCCAAGAGGAGGCGGAGGACGAAGAAGGGGCGAGGCGAGGCAGUGAAGGAAGGGGACGGGGCGAUGGGGGGUGGAGGGGAGGCGAGGGAAGAGACAGCAGGUUGCAGAGGCGACAGUGCAGAAGCAGGUGGAGGCAGUGACGGUGCAAUUCCUGCCGCUGCUCAUCCACGUGCCUUGGUUUCUUCCGCCCAUGGCUCGGAUGGUGCUGAUGGUGGUGCGUCCCUAUCACCCCUAUCAGGCAGCCCAGCGGGGAUGAGUGGCGGGGCGGGCAGUGCCGGGCAGGGCAGGCGGAGGGGAUCCUCGGUAGCAGCAGCAGCAGGACCCAGGGCGGCGGGCAGGAAGGGCCGCGCAGGCAGAGCUGCUGCUGCUGCUGCUGCUGGUGCUGCUGGUGCUGGUGGUGGUGUGGGGUCAGAGGGCGCUGCUACUAUUGCUGCACACACUAGGAAAGCGGCUGCUGCUGCUUCUCCCGCGGCUCCUGCGGCUGCGACUGCGGCUGGUGCUGCUCCUGUUUCCGUGCCAAUGGCCCCGCCUCGCCUACUCCCCAUCGCCCCGCUCCCCACCGCGCGCUCCUUUGUGCCUCUCCCUCUGCCGACACACGGCACGUAUCCCUUCCAUAUUCGCCCCGUUGCAUGCCUCGCUCCUGUCCCUAUCCCCCCCGCGUUCGCGCCACAUCAGCGCGCCCAGCUGGCGGCGCUGCUGGCGUGUCACGUCCAGCUGGCAGUGCAGGUGUACGCGGCGUGUGUGCUGGACCCCUCCCGCUGCCAGGUGGCGACGGUGCUCAGGGGCUUGCUCGCACAGCUGGCGCAGUUGGGGGGAGGUGCUACUGGGGGAGGUGCUACUGGGGGAGGUGCUACUGGGGGAGGUGCUACUGGGCGAGGUGUUACUGGGGGAGGUUGUACUGGGGGAGGUCCUACUGCUGGGAUAGGUGGCACUAGGUCAAAUGAUGUGAGCGGAGUGUCGAACAGUGCAACAGCUACUGAUGCACCAGGGGUUGUCACACUACCUUCACUUCCCUCGCCUCCCUUGCAGCCCUCGUGCUCUCCUCCCACUCCUCCCCUUCCUCGCCCUCCUAUCUCAUCUCCUGUGCUGUGCCCGGAAGCUCAGGGCUCUGCUGCUGCCGUGGUCCAUACUGGUGCUGUUGCUGUUGCUGCCGCUGCUGGCGGGCGUGAGUCUGCAAGGCCAGUAUCGCGCCUGGCAGAAGCGAUUCCUAGCCUGGCGCUUCUUCCUUCGUUCCUGCUCUCCAUCGACAAAGUUCUUCACGAGCAAUCUAUGGACCCGCCGCUGAGGACAUGUGCCGAUGCUGUGGCUGUGGCAGCUGACACGCACCCGCCUGCAGCAGCAGCAGCAGAACAGUCAUCAUCAUUAUCAGCAGAAAGAGUAACAACUGUCGAGGCACCAGAAGCGACAGCAGCAGCAGAAGCGACAGCAGCAGCAGCAGCAGCAGCAGCAGCAGCAUCAGCAGUAACAGCAACAGCACAGGUGGUUGAAUCACAAAGAGUGAUGGCAGCCAGUGGUGCUUCUACCCCAUCAGUGUCUGCUGCACUCGAUACUGGUACAGACAUACUUGCGUCUGAUAGUCGAGGGAGUGAGAGGCACAGAGCGUGUGGUGGAGGGCAUGUUGAAAGAAGCGGUGCUGACGGAGGAGGGAAUGGGGGAGAGGAGACACACGGGGAAGGAGUUGAAGUGGAGCUGUUACGGAGAAGGGGGAGUGAGGGUGACGUGGGAAAUGGUAGGGAUGGUGGAGCAGAGCCGAUGGCAAAAGGGAGUGAAGGAAGGGGAAGAGGUGAGAGUUGUGGGAAAGAGUUGAAAGAGGUGGGGGAGGGGAAGGAGGUGGGGAAAAAGAGAGAGGUGGGGGGGCGGAUGGAGGCACAGGGCACGUCAAACGAGAGGGUGGGGGAGGGAGAUGGGGAGAGGACAGAAAGGGCGGAAUCAGAGGGUGGCGAGAGGGAGGUGCGGCGGCAGCGAGAUGCAGAGGGUGGUGAUAAUGAAGGUGCUGUUCAGCGGCAGCGAGAUGAAGCGGUUAGUCGAGAGCUUCCUCUGAGAGACACACGGGAGCAGCAGCAGCAGCAGCAGCAGCAGCAGCAGCAGCAGCAGCAGCAGCAGCAGCAGCAGCAGCAGCAGCAGCAGCAGCAAGUGGGAGGGAGUAAGAGGAAGAGGAAGCGCAGGUGGGUGCCCAUGUUCCCCGUGGCACUGCCUCCCGCCCUCCACCCCCUCGCCCCCUCCCGCAUGGCCUCUCCCCACAAGGCCCUUCGGUUGCUGCCCACCCAGAGCGUUGCUUCUGGGCGCCGAGCGGAGAAGGAGGGCGAGCAGGGGGGAGGAGGGCAGGAAGAGAAAGAAGGGGAAGAUGAAGGGGAGGAAGGCGAACGGGAGGAGGUGGACGAAACGGCGGUGUGGAGGGAGGCGGAGGAGGAGGAGGAGGGGCGGAGGGCGGGGGUGGGCGAGGUGGUGCGGGUACCUGGCGAGGUGGCGGCAGCCCUGCAGCCGCUGGCUGCUGUGCUUGACGCCACGCUCUUCCCCGUGGUGCGCCCGCCCCUGCUGCACCGCACCAUCUUCUCCCCUGCAGAGGACUGCCUGUUGGCCAUGGGCGGGGAGCAGCUAGGCACGGACUGGGAGGCCAUCCACCGCCGCUUCCUGCCGGGCAAGACUCCGCACCAGAUCUCCAUCCGGUGGAAGAACCGGUGCUCCUCACGCGUGCCCGACAACCCCAUCAAGCAAGUGUGGCGGCGCAAGACUGCUCCCUUGACCGACCACGAGGUCGACCAAAUACAAACGGCGCUGAACGCGUGGAAGCUGGACUGGCACGCCAUGAGCCGCGCUGUGAUGCCUCACCGAGACCCCACCCAGCUGCGCCGCCUCUACUCCGAUGCUCUAGCUGCCCGCCGCCUUGCGCUUCGGCAGCAGCAACGAGAGCGGGAGGAGCGGAUGCAGAGAGAAGAGCAGAUGGAGAGAGAAAGGGAGUGGAUGGAGAGUCAACAGUUGCUGCAGAGAGAGCAAGCAGUGCAAAGAGAGCAGGAGGAGCAAAGAGAACAAGACAUGCAGAGAGAACAAGAAGUGCAAAUAGAGCUGGAACUGCAAAGAGAACAUGAGUUGCAGGAGCAACAGAGGCGGGUGAAUGAGGAGAUUAGGGAGGAGGAGCAGAGGAAAUUGGAGGGGCUUGGUCAGUUCUCAGGUGAAGGGCACGGAGGUGACAAGCGAGGGGGCGAGAAGGGGGAGGGGGUGGCGAGUAAAGGGAGGAGCAGAGGGCAGGAUGGUGGGGGACAGGAGCAUGUGGAAGCAGGAGAAGAGCAGAAUGCAGGCACACAGUGUGAGGGGGUUCAUGUGAGAGAGCAGCCCGCAUGGCAGCAUGGUCCACGUGGUGACACAAGGGCUGACAUGGCAGUCAGUGGUGCCACGUCAGAUGCCAUCAUGCCAAAUGCUGCCACACCAAAUGCUCCCACACCAGAUGAGAUCACGGCAUACAGCAACACAGGUGGCAGCGAAGGAGGCACUGCAGCAUGCCACGUGGCAUUCCAGCAGCUCUUUCCCAACCGCCUGCAUCUGCUGCAGCCGCCCUUGCAGUCGUGCCCUCCCCAGGUGCCACCUGCCCGCUCUUUCACUGCAGCAAAUGCAGCUUCUGCGCUGACUCAGCCGCAAUUGACGCUGACUCAGCGAGCUCUGGAAGCAGGGAUGGAAGGGCCACGCCCGGGAAGUGGGGAGGUGGCAUCCGGGGAAGGUGUAUGUGGUGGGGGAGAGGUGAGGGAAAGAGAGGUGAGUGGAGGAGAGGUGAGAGGAAGAGGUGUAUCCGUGGCGGAGGGCGAGGAAGGGGCUGUAGGAGGGGCUAGCAUGCUUCUGAGAUGGUCCCUGCUGCAACCGACAGUGCCACAACCAGCAGUGGUACAAGCAAGACCCUUGCAGCCAAUCUCCGGGGGUGCAGGAAGAAAAGGGCAAAUGGAAGGGGAGGCGGUGCAGGAGGAGCAAGGAGGAGCUGAGAGCGAGGUGGAAGCAGUCGCGGAAGGAGGGGAGCCAGAGCAGCAGCUAGAGCAGCAGCAGCAGCAGCGUUCACAGCAGCAGCAGCUAGUGCAGCAGCAGCCGCCGUUUGUUCAGUUCCGCGAGCUGCUGCUGCGGGGAGUUGUGACGGGGACGAGUGGUGGUGGGCUCAUGGCGCCUGCUGCGACUCUGUCCGAUGUGACUGUAGCGAAGGUGACUGCAUUGCCCGAGGCAGCAGCACCCGUGGGAGGAGGGAGGGAAGCAAGAGACAGUGUAAUAGGAGAAGAGGAAGCACAUGCUGCUACAGUUGAGCGCAGCAGUGUAACAUCAGAGGCAGCAGAGGUAGCAGAGGCAUCAGGGGCAUCAGAGGGACGGUUGGAGGUGGCAAGAGCAGUGAGAGAGGAACCAGCAACAGCAGCACGUUGUGAAACAACAGCAGCGCCACAAGCAACAGAAGCAGAAGGAGCAGCAGAGGCAGCAGCAGCAGCAGCAGCAGCAGAAGCAACAGCAGCAGAAGCAGGAGCAGCACAAGCAACAGCAGCAGCAGCAGAGGCAGCAGCAGCAUCGGUGGCAGCAGCAGCCCCAGUGGGUCGAGGCAUUGACCACCACCACCACCACCCUUCUGCUGUUGACCUGCUAGCUGCUGCUGCUGCCGCCGCUGCUGAGUCGGAUGCACUGUGUGCUGAGUCAGAAGCCUUGCGUGCUGAGUCAGAUGCCUCGCGUGAUGAGUCAGAGACAGUCUGUCUUGUUGAUAACGAGGCUUUGUCCACUGAACCACUCGCUGCUGCUGGUGGUGCCGCCAGUGCUGCUGCAGGUUGUGCUGAUAAUAGUUGUGCUGCUGCUGGUAACCGUGUUGGCAGCAGUAGGCAUAGAGAUGAUGAGGGUGGUGGGUGUGAGGGCACUGGGCAGGGGGCACAGGGAGACCGGUCAGCACGUGCCCCGUCUUGUCACGCUCACGCUGCUGCUCAUCGUGAUAAUGACGCUUCUUCUGCUGCUGCUGCUGCUGCUGCUGCUGCUGCUGCUGCUGCUGCUGCUGCUGGUGCCGCUGACGGUGAUGCGGAUGCUGCUGAUGUUGAUGCUGAUGCGGAUGCUGAUGCUGUUGCUGAUGAUGCUGCUGAUAAUAAUGAUGCUGCUGCUGCUGCUGCUGCUGCUGCUUCUGCUGCUGCUGCUGCUGCUGCUGCUGCUGCUGCUGCUGCUGCUGCUGCUGCUGCUGCUGCUGCUGCUGCUGCUACCAACGACCCGCCUCCCACCAUCUUCAUCCGGGCAGCCUUUCUCUUGUCGCAACCCCUCUCGUCACAGCCCCUCCCUGCUCACCUCCCUCCCCCUUCCACCUCACCACCACAACCAUCACGUCCUCCUCUUCCUGUUCUCCUCUCUCCUACCCCCACAAAUACACCUCCCCCGGUUGGCCCUUCGUCUCAUCCAUCCCAGCCCUUCCAACCUUUCACCUACUCUCACUCCCCGCACUCCACCAUUCCCCCAUCUGCAUCUUCUCACUCCCCCUUACGUCCCACCCCUUCCUUCCCCACGCACCCCCAUCCUACGCGCCCCCUUCCCCGGUCUGCUUUCCAUACCCCGUCCCAGCCCGGCCUUCCCACCGCCUUCCUCCCAGCCACCCCUUUCUCUUUCCCUCGCCCCACGCCUUCUCUCUCCCCUUCCACCGCCCCUCGCCCCACUCCACCCCUCAAACCCACGCCCUGGCCCAGACCCCACAUGCCAUCCCCACCACAGCCAUCACAGCCAUCACAGCCAUCACAUUCACCACAACCCUUGCAACCUCCUUCCAAUGCGCCCCCCUCAUCCAUGCCCCUGCCCCCUCUGCCUUCCUCCACCACCUCUCCCUCUCCUCACCCCUCACCUGCUGCUCUGCCCUCUCCUGCUCCUCACUCCUCUGCUGCCCCACCCCCUGCCGCUGCCGCUGCUGCAGCCCCUGCUACUGCUGCUGCCGACCCUGCUUCUGCCACUGCUACUCCUGCUGCUGCUGAUUCCGCAGCGCCUCCCUUCCCGCGUCGCAGGAGGCGCAGGCGGAGGGGCGUGUUUGGGUUGCCGCCCACCCGGGGCUUGGGGGGGAUGGGGGGAGGAGCAGGUGCCGUGGGGGAAGGAGGAGCAGGCGGAGGAGGAGGAGGGCGGGGAGCGGGGGGAGGGGCAGGGAAGCCAUCAAGGAGCCUGGCGCCGAGUGCUGCUUUGGGGAAUGCUGUAGCGGGGAGUGCGGUACCAGCGAGUGCUAUAGGUGCGCCAUCUGUAGCAGCACUAGUCAAACCUUUGAAUGGGACUGUAGCCAAGUCAGCACCAGUAGCCACGUCAGCACCAGUAGCCACGUCAGCACUGUUGGGCAAUGGAAUGAAGGCAGCUAGCAGAGCAGCUGGAGCACCAGAGAGCAGGAUGACACCUGUGGCACAGAGACCGUUGGAUCUCCAAACCGCCACUGCCCCAUCCUCCAGAGCGCUUCCAGGCGCCACAACAACCCUCUCUGCUUCCUCCUCACGCACCCAGUCAAGGCUACAGCCGACCUACAGCCUCACCCACAGUCCAAACCAAAGCUCUUGGCUUGGUUUAUCCAAGGCAGGCAGCGGAGGCUCGGCACAGGUGGUUCGGCCUCGCCCCAUGCUUCCUGUGCCUGCCCCACCCGCUAACUCCACUCCCGCUGACUCCCUUCCCUCUGGUUCCGCUCCCACUGACUCCAUUCACCACCAGCGUCCAUCCAUCCGGGCCGCCUUCCUUGUUGGCCGCCCACCCGCCGUGUCCCCUCCAGCACGGAACGUGCAGCGAAAUCGCAUGUUGCAGCACCGGCUGCCUCAGCCAGGGGAGCCUUACUUGGACGAGCGUCGCAAGACAGACUGCGAACUCGCGAAGAGCCAUUUGAAGCGCGAGGAGGGGGGAUCCCUUUAG